AUUUUGAGCAACUAUGGUUUUGCCGUGAAUUAUUUUAACAAGUCAUUGCAAUAUUUUGCAAAGUUCGAAGGAAAAUUUUUUGUUUUGUUAGUAAAUAUAACUAAUAAUGGAAACUUUAUCACAAGAAAAGGAAGAGACAUUCGAUUUUAAAUUGAAAGAUGCUCACAGUUCACUGGAUGAAUUGGAUGUCGAUGAUCUAUAUGUACGCUACAAGAAAUUGCAAAAAACUCUAGAAUUUCUAGAAGUUCAGGAAGAGUAUAUUAAGGAUGAGCAAAGAAAUCUGAAAAAAGAAUAUCUUCAUGCUCAAGAGGAAGUAAAACGUAUUCAGUCGGUUCCUCUUGUAAUUGGUCAAUUUUUGGAAGCUGUCGACCAGAAUACUGGUAUUGUUGGUUCCACGACAGGUUCAAAUUAUUAUGUUCGUAUUUUGUCAACAAUUGAUCGCGAAUUGUUGAAACCGUCAGCAUCCGUUGCCCUGCAUAAGCAUAGUAAUGCCUUGGUUGAUGUGUUACCUCCAGAAGCCGAUAGUUCGAUUUCAAUGUUGCAACCGGAUGAAAAGCCAGAUGUUAGUUAUGCAGAUAUUGGUGGUAUGGAUAUGCAGAAACAAGAAAUACGAGAAGCUGUUGAACUGCCGCUAACACACUUUGAAUUGUAUAAACAAAUUGGUAUCGAUCCGCCCCGUGGUGUUCUUAUGUACGGGCCCCCUGGUUGCGGUAAAACCAUGUUAGCUAAAGCUGUGGCCCAUCACACAACUGCAUCGUUCAUUAGAGUCGUAGGAUCCGAAUUUGUCCAAAAAUAUCUUGGUGAAGGUCCACGUAUGGUUCGCGAUGUAUUCCGUUUAGCCAAGGAAAAUGCGCCAGCAAUCAUUUUUAUAGAUGAAAUUGAUGCUAUUGCCACAAAACGUUUUGAUGCUCAGACUGGCGCCGAUCGUGAAGUACAACGUAUUCUUUUGGAAUUACUUAAUCAAAUGGAUGGCUUUGAUCAGACAACAAACGUUAAAGUUAUAAUGGCUACAAAUCGUGCUGACACUUUGGAUCCGGCCUUACUUCGUCCUGGUCGUUUAGACAGAAAAAUUGAAUUCCCAUUGCCCGACAGACGUCAAAAACGUUUAGUAUUUUCGACAAUCACUUCCAAGAUGAACUUGAGCGAAGAUGUUGACUUGGAAGAAUUUGUUGCAAGACCAGAUAAGAUAUCGGGUGCUGACAUUAAUGCAAUUUGUCAGGAAGCUGGUAUGCAUGCAGUUAGAGAAAAUCGUUACAUUGUUUUGUCGAAGGACUUUGAAAAAGGCUAUAAGAACAACAUCAAGAAAGACGAACAGGAACAUGAAUUCUACAAAUAAGAAAAAUAUAUAUGUAUGUUCAUCUAUUUUUUGUAAUUAAAACUCAUUUCAUUAAAAUAAGUGUAUUUUAAUAUGCUUAUAUCCGUUGUAUAAUCCAAAAUUUAAUGUGACUCAUGAAGUUGUCCAUUUAAAUAAAAUCUAAAAAAAUAAUUGUGAGUAUUGGA